UCUGAGGCAACACGUGAACGAAGAGCACGGAAAUAAAUUAAUUCGAAUUCCCGGCAUUUUAUUUGUACAAAAAAAAUAUUUGUAUUUGUAAUCUUAUCAGAUUUUGUAUUUUUUUCAUCGUUUGUACGACAGUUGACCCAAGAAUUGUAUUUCCGCGUAAAAGGUUUUUAUCAAGAAAAUGACUGCAACGAACGAGACAAAGUUAAAGGCCCUCGCCCUCAAGUUGUUCGAGAUAAAUGCGUUCAAGUUUGGCGAUUUCAAGAUGAAGGUCGGCAUCAAUUCGCCGGUUUAUUUCGACCUUCGUGUCAUCGUGAGCUAUCCAGAUGUCAUGGAUACCUUGGCUGACUUGAUUCACGGCUUCAUGCGAACGAAGAAAUUGUCGUAUGACCACGUUUGCGGUGUCCCGUACACGGCGCUGCCCAUAGCAACACUCAUUUCGGUGAAAGACAGCAAACCGAUGCUCAUUCGGCGCAAAGAAGCGAAGGAUUAUGGCACCAAAAAGCUCAUCGAGGGCAAAUUUGGGCCCGGCGAGACUUGUUUGAUCAUCGAGGAUGUCGUCACGUCGGGUUCGAGCAUCAUGGAUACCGUCAAGGACUUGCGAAAGGAAGGUUUGGAGGUAACUGAUGCCAUUGUCGUGGUCGAUCGUGAGCAAGGAGGUGCUUUAAAUACCGAAAAUAACGGCGUUAAGAUGCAUUCGCUGUUUACUUUGUCAUUUUUGUUGCAAGUUCUCUUGGAUGCGGGCAAAAUCGAGAAGGCGACAGUCGAUGCCGUCGCGAAAUACAUCCAAACGUGCCAAAUUAAGGUCGAUGGAUCGUUCAUGAACGCCGAUGCCAAAGUCGUGAACAAACUUUCACGCACGGGAAUGACUUUCGAUGCUCGUGCAGACCUCACAAAGUCCGAAGUGACGAAAAAUCUCUUCAAAUUGAUGUCUUUGAAGAAGACAAAUCUCUGUGUUGCUGCUGAUUUGACAAAAACUGACGAAAUUUUAACCUUGGCGAAGACAAUUGGACCUCAUAUUUGCAUCUUGAAGCUCCACGUGGAUAUAAUCGAAGAUUUCACCCAAGAAUUUAUCGCUUCGUUGAAAAAUAUCUCAAAAAUGCACAAUUUUCUCCUCAUGGAAGACCGAAAAUUCGCUGAUAUCGGCAAUACAGUCGCCUUGCAAUUCACAAGCGGCGUUUUUCGUAUCAAUGAAUGGGCAGAUUUGGUCACUUGUCACUCACUUCCGGGUCAACACGUACUAAAAGGACUCAAAUCUCUCAUGGGAGACCAUCUCGGGCAACGGGGCGUCUUUUUACUUGCUGAAUUAAGUUCCGCCGGAAAUCUCAUAACGGCCGAUUACACGCAAAAAACGAUGAAAAUGGCGACGGAAGGUGCGGAUAUUGACAUUGUAACGGGUGUUGUGUCGCAAAAUAACGUCUUGGAUAAUCCCGGAUUGAUUCAAUUGACGCCAGGUGUGAAAUUGGAACAAGGAGGCGAUGAGUUGGGACAGCAGUAUAAUACGCCGUUGCAUGUCGUUAAGGAGAAAGGAGCUGAUAUCGCGGUUGUUGGACGAGGUAUUUAUCAGGCCAAAAAUAUGACGGUUGCUGCGGAAAAUUAUAAAAAUGCACUGUGGGGUGCGUAUUGUGAACGUGUUGGAAUUACCUCAGAUUGAUGUUUUUUUGAGUGACAAGAAUUUUCCAUGAAUUUCCUAAAAAUAUUCGUUUUUAAAUUUUUAAUUAUGUGACAAUCAAUAAAAUUUAUUUGUGAUGAA